AUGGCCGACUCAGCAGCCCAAGGGAUGGGUAACAAACUCGCUAAUCCCAGUCUCUCCUCGUCGGUUAGCUCGGCAACCAGUCAACCAUUACCGACCACCCAUUCUCAUCAGAACUUCUCCGCCUCCAGCUCUGCGAUCCCCAGCCACCCAUCCAGACCCACUCCGGGCUCUUCUUCUACUUCUACUACUAACACUCAUCAUCAUCAUCAUCCUGUACAAUUGAUCCCCAAUUGGCCGACCGGCGAACGCAUCAAAACUCACAAAGAUCUCAGCUAUCAUCAGCUCGCUAACGUUAAGGACGUCAAGCUUCAGUUGGAGGCCAAUCUUUUUGAACUUA